UUCGUUACUCUCUCUCUCUCUCUCUCUCUCUUCGCUCUCCACCAUCACCAUCUUCUUCUUUUCUUCAGCUUUUAUGAUCUCUCUCUUUCUGUAUGUGUGAAGAUGAAUUCUCAUUCAUAUAUGUUAUUUCUCUUAAUCUCGCUGAUUUUAUCAGAUAAUAUCAUUUUAUUAACUUCUUCUUCUUUUGGAAAUGAGUUUUCUUCCUUCUUCGACGCUGUAACUUCCUUGAAUCCCAACUGUCUGAAUUUGCAAAAGAAUCAAUCAGCGUCGAGGCCUCGAAAGCCUUCUACUGGGUGCCAGGUAUGGAGUAAGGCCUGCUCGGAGGCGGUGCUGGGGCUGUCCCUGAGGCCGGAGACUGUGAGUUGGUUGAAGAGCGUGAGGAGGAAGAUUCACGAAAACCCUGAGCUCGCUUUCGAGGAGGUUAAGACGAGUGAGUUAGUUAGAAAUGAGUUGGAGAAGAUGGAGAUUGGAUAUAAGUAUCCUUUGGCUAAAACGGGUAUUCGGGCUUGGAUCGGUACCGGUAGGCCUCCGUUUGUGGCUCUCAGAGCUGACAUGGAUGCUCUCCCUAUUCAGGAAUCUGUAGAAUGGGAGCAUAAAAGUAAAGUUGCAGGCAAAAUGCAUGCUUGUGGGCAUGAUGCUCACGUUGCAAUGCUCAUUGGAGCUGCCAAGAUCUUGAAGAGUCGAGAACAUCUCUUGAAGGGAACUGUAAUACUGCUCUUUCAGCCAGCAGAGGAAGCUGGGAAUGGAGCAAAACGGAUGAUAGGAGAUGGUGCUCUACAGGAUGUGGAGGCUAUAUUUGCAGUUCAUGUCUCCCACGAACAUCCUACUGGCAUCAUUGGUUCAAGGCCUGGUCCUUUAUUAGCAGGCUGCGGCUUCUUCAGAGCAGAAAUUAGUGGCAAAAUGGGCGGUGCUGGGAACCCACAACAUUCUGUUGACCCAAUUUUGGCAGCUUCCGGUGCGGUUAUAAGCUUACAGAGCAUUGUAUCUCGUGAAGCAAAUCCGCUGGACUCGCAGGUGGUAUCUGUUACCAGGAUGGCUGGAGGCAGCAAUCUUGACAUGAUUCCAGAAACUGUUGUACUUGGUGGUACCUUCAGGGCUUACGCCAACGCAAGCUUCUAUCAGCUUCUCCGAAGGAUAAAAGAGGUGAUUGUAGAACAGGCAAGUGUUUUCAGAUGCUCAGCAACAGUAGACUUCUUUGAGCAGGAGUACACAAUCUAUCCCCCAACAGUGAAUAACGAUCACAUGUAUGAACAUGUGAGAAAAGUGGCCAUUGAUUUGUUAGGUCCAACGAAUUUCAGAGUGGUACCACCAAUGAUGGGUGCUGAGGACUUCUCAUUUUACUCACAAGUUGUCCCUGCAGCCUUUUACUAUAUAGGCAUAAGGAAUGAGACCUUGGGGUCAAUACACACAGGCCACUCACCCUAUUUUAUGAUAGAUGAGGAUGUUCUCCCCAUUGGAGCUGCAACUCAUGCAGCUGUUGCAGAAAGAUAUCUCAUCGAACACAGCUAAUGGUGGAGAAAGUGGAAUGUAGCUUCUGGAGGAUUUAGUAGAUUGUCAGAGAGCAAGAUAAUUUGCAAUGUCAUUUUUGCUCCCGACUCUCUCAAAUUUUCCUUUUUUUUCAUUCUACUCGGGGAGGGAUCCACUAGAUGGGGGAGUGUAAAGGAUAAGGGGAGAGAAGUGCAUCCAUUAGUUGCAAUUUCCAAUUUGGUGUUUUUCAAGUCGAUAGUAAUUAGCUUUUAAUUAAUUCUGGGUGCAAAGCAUAGGUUCAGCAUUUCGCAAACGUUCCUCUGUUAGGAAAUUAAUUUGAACGCAGCAUUUGU